GCACCGGGGCCGGGCCCUGCCGCGGCUGGGCCCACGGCGAUGAGCGCGGCGGGGCGCGGGCAGCCCGGGGUGGGGCGGCUCUCGCGAGACCCGUGCCGGCGGCCAUUUUCCCAUGGAUUGGCGGCGGGGCGGAGCCGCGGCGCUGCCCGCGGGAGCGGAGGAGGUGGAAGAGGAGGAAGAGGAGGAGGAGGAGGAAGAAGAGGAGGAGGAGGAGGAGGAAGAAGAGGAAGAAGAAGAAAAAAAGGAGGAGGAGGAGAAGAAGGAGGAGGAUGAGCCGCGGGCGUCCCCCCGCCUCCCGCUGCUGCUGACGACGGCGCUCGGUUCAGCCUGCUGCGGGCUCCGCGCCGCGCCACCGGCCAUGGUGCCCAGCGAGGAGAACCAGCUCGUCCCCAAGGAGGAUGUGUUUUGGAGUUGCAGACAGAGUAUCUUUGCUGAAAUGAAGAAGAAAUUUUCACAGGCAGAAUGUGCUGCUGAGGAGCCGCGGGUGCUGUGUAUCAUCCAGGACACCACCAACGCCAAGACAGUGAAUGAACGCCUGACCCUGAACCUGCCGGCCUCCACCCCGCUCCGGCGGCUCUUCCAGGACGUGGCUGCCAAAGUGGGCUACGUCAGCGGCUCCUUUGAUCUCAUGUGGGGCAAUGGAGACGGUGUCACGGACACGCAGACUCCAAUAGACCAGAACAGUGACAAAACCAUUCUUGAUGCUGGUUUUGAGCCAGGGAAGAAGAACUUUCUGCAUUUGACAGACAAGGAUGGUGAGCAGCCUCAUGUAAUGCAGGAGGAGUCAGGCACCACAGAGGAUGCUGCACAAGAGAGAUUCAUAGGCCCUCUUCCCAGAGAAGGCUCCAUUGGAUGUACCAAUGACUAUGUCAGUCAAAGCUAUUCCUAUUCUUCAGUCCUGAGCAAAUCAGAGACAGGUUAUGUGGGGCUGGUAAAUCAAGCAAUGACUUGCUACUUGAACAGCCUUCUGCAAACACUUUUCAUGACUCCUGAAUUUAGAAAUGCAUUAUAUAAGUGGGAAUUUGAGGAAUCUGAAGAGGAUCCUGAGAGGAGUAUCCCCUACCAGCUUCAAAGACUGUUUGUUUUACUGCAGACCAGCAAAAAAAGGGCAAUUGAAACAACAGACGUUACACGGAGUUUUGGGUGGGACAGUAGUGAAGCGUGGCAGCAGCAUGAUGUGCAGGAGCUUUGUAGAGUCAUGUUUGAUGCUUUGGAGCAGAAAUGGAAGCAAACGGAGCAGGCUGAUCUUAUAAAUCAACUGUACCAGGGCAAACUGAAGGACUAUGUGAGGUGCCUGGAGUGUGGCUAUGAAGGCUGGAGAAUCGACACGUACCUGGAUAUCCCUCUGGUCAUCCGGCCCUAUGGCUCCAGCCAGGCGUUUGCUAGCGUGGAAGAAGCACUGCAUGCUUUCAUUCAGCCUGAGAUUCUUGAUGGCCCAAAUCAGUACUUUUGUGAGCGAUGUAAGAAGAAAUGCGAUGCAAGGAAGGGGCUGCGGUUCUUGCACUUUCCAUACCUGCUGACAUUACAGCUGAAGAGAUUUGACUUUGAUUACACCACAAUGCACAGAAUUAAACUCAAUGAUCGCAUGACUUUCCCAGAGGAGUUGGACAUGAGUGUCUUUAUUGAUGUGGAAGAUGAGAAGUCUCCUCAGACUGAGAGCUGCACUGAUAGUGGAGCUGAAAAUGAAGGCAGUUGUCACAGUGACCAGAUGAGCAAUGAUUUUUGUAAUGAUGAUGGAGUUGAUGAAGGAAUCUGCCUUGAGAGCAACAGUGCAGCAGAGAGGAUCUCUAAAGCUGGCAGUGAAAAGAGUUCUUUACUUUAUGAGCUCUUUUCUGUCAUGGUUCAUUCUGGAAGUGCUGCUGGUGGCCAUUAUUAUGCCUGUAUAAAAUCUUUUAGUGAUGAUCAGUGGUACAGCUUUAACGAUCAGCAUGUUAGCAAGAUAACUCAGGAAGAUAUUAAGAAAACAUAUGGAGGAUCUUCUGGAAGCAGAGGCUAUUAUUCCAGUGCUUUUGCUAGCUCCACAAAUGCUUACAUGCUGAUAUACAGACUGAAAGAUCCAACAAGAAAUGCAAAGUUUCUUGAGGCACAUGAAUAUCCAGAGCACAUUAAACAAUUGGUACAGAAAGAGAGAGAAUUAGAAGAACAGGAGAAGAGGCAACGUGAAAUUGAACGCAACACGUGCAAGAUUAAAUUAUUCUGCAUGCAUCCUACAAAGCAAAUAAUGAUGGAGAACAAAUUGGAAGUUCAUAAGGACAGAACACUGAAGGAGGCUGUGGAAAUAGCUUACAAGCUGAUGGAUUUGGAAGAGGCUGUUCCCUUGGACUGCUGUCGCCUUGUCAAAUACGAUGAGUUCCACGACUACUUGGAGCGCUCGUACGAAGGAGAGGAGGAUACCCCCAUGGGUUUGUUACUCGGAGGGGUCAAGUCAACCUACAUGUUUGACUUACUGCUGGAAACAAGAAGGCCUGACCAAGUUUUCCAGUGCUAUAAGCCUGGUGAGGUCAUGGUAAAGGUUCACGUAGUUGACCUGAAGACUGAAUCUGUUGCUCCUCCAAUAAGUGUUCGAGCUUAUUUGAAUCAAACAGUUUCAGAGUUUAAACAGCUAAUUUCAAAGGCCACGCACCUCCCCGCUGAAACCAUGCGGGUGGUGUUGGAGCGGUGCUACAACGACCUGCGUCUGCUGAACGUGUCCAGCAAAACUCUGAAAGCUGAAGGCUUCUUCAGAAGCAACAAGGUGUUUGUUGAAAGCUCCGAGUCUUCGGACCGUCACGUGACAUACACGGACUCUCAGCUGUGGAAGCUUCUGGAUCGCCACGCCAACACCAUCAGACUGUACGUGUCGCUGCCAGAGCAAGCCCCUGGCUCCCAGCUCAGACGGGCACUUUAUCAGAAGUCUGCUGGGGGUGCAGGCAACUUGGAUGAACCUUGUGAAAGAGUAAAAGGACCUGUAGGUAAUAUGAAAUCCGUAGAGGCGAUUUUGGAAGAAAGCACUGAAAAACUUAAAAGCUUGUCGCUGCAGCAACAGCAGCAGCAGGAGGGAGAUAAUGGAGACAGCAGCAAAAGCACAGAAGCCAGUGAUUUUGAAAACAUUGAGUCACCUUUAAAUGAAGUAGACUCUUCAGCAUCAGCAGAAAACAGAGAACUUGACAACCAGAUUCAGGUUUCCGAUCCAGAGAAUCUGCAGUCUGAGGAGCGCUCGGACUCGGAUGUCAAUAACGACAGGAGUACGAGUUCGGUGGACAGUGACAUCCUCAGCUCCAGCCACAGCAGUGACACUUUGUGCAACGUGGACAAUGCCCCCCUGCCCCUGGCUAAUGGACUGGAUUCUCACAGCAUCACCAGUAGCAGGCGAUCAAAAGCCAAUCAGGGCAAGAAGGAAACCUGGGACACAGCAGAAGAGGAUUCUGGAACAGACAGUGAAUAUGAUGAAAGUGGCAAGAGCAGAGGAGAAACACAGUAUAUGUACUUUAAAUCAGAACCCUACACUGCAGAGGAGGGUUCAGGAGAAGGGCAAAAAUGGCUGAUGGUGCAUGUUGAUAAAAGAAUUACACUGUCUGCCUUCAAGCAACACUUGGAGCCUUUUGUUGGAGUUCCAUCUUCUCACUUCAAAGUCUUUAGAGUCUAUGCCAGCAAUCAAGAGUUUGAGAGUGUUCGGCUGAAUGAGACCCUUUCGUCAUUUUCUGAUGACAAUAAGAUAACUAUUAGACUUGGAAGAGCCCUUAAGAAGGGUGAAUACAGAGUUAAGGUCUAUCAACUCUUGGUAAAUGAGCCUGAGCCAUGCAAGUUUCUUCUAGAUGCAGUUUUUGCUAAAGGAAUGACUGUCCGACAGUCCAAGGAGGAGCUGCUUCCUCAGCUUCGAGAACAAUGUGGCCUAGACUUGACAAUUGACAGGUUUCGCCUACGAAAGAAAACCUGGAAGAAUCCAGGCACUGUGUUUCUGGAUUAUCAUAUCUAUGAAGAAGAUAUCAAUAUUUCCAGCAACUGGGAGGUCUUCUUAGAAAUACUUGAUGGAGUAGAAAAGAUGAAAUCCAUGUCACAACUUGCUGUUUUAUCAAGACGAUGGAGGCCAUCAGAGAUGAAAUUAGAUUCUUUCCAGGAAGUAGUACUAGAAAGCAGCAGUGUUGAAGAAUUAAAAGAGAAGCUAAGUGAAAUAAGUGGAAUACCCUUAGAAAACAUCGAAUUUGCAAAGGGUAGAGGAACCUUUCCAUGUGACAUUUCCAUAUUAGAGAUUCAUCAAGACUUGGACUGGAAUCCAAAAGUAUCUACACUGAAUGUUUGGCCCCUGUACAUUUGUGAUGAUGGUGCAGUAAUAUUUUAUAGGGAUAAAACUGAAGAAUUAAUGGAAUUAACAGAUGAGCAAAGAAAUGAACUGAUGAAAAAAGAAAGCAGCAGACUCCAGAAAACUGGACACCGGGUAUCCUACUCUCCCCGCAAAGAAAAAGCACUAAAAAUUUAUCUGGAUGGAGCACCAAAUAAAGAUUUGACUCAAGACUGAUACUUGCUAUAGCAUUUUCCCUGGGGAAUUUUUUUUGUUUCCAAUCAAAAAAGGUUCACUACUACUGUGUAGUGCCAUUACGGCAGGACAUUCAUUAGGUGUAAAGCGCUGACACCAGCAGAGCCGGGCGUGCCGGCGCAGGCAGGGCCCCGCUGGGCACUGCGGGACUUGGAAUCAUGUUGUGCACUAUAGUCAAAUGUACUGUAAAGCUAAAAGGGAUGUGCAAAUAAAAGAUUAGAACUCAAAAGCGGGCGGGGAGGGAAACGAGUGGCAGUUGUUGAGGACAGUGUGCACAUAGUAGCUAGUGAAACUAGCCUCCAACAGGAUACUCAUAGCUUAAUAAUAAAAGCUGUGCAAAGGCCAUGAAAGAAUCCUUUUCUCUGUUUGUUUCACUGAUACACGCAUUACCUCAUCAGAGAGUCUGGAGUAAACGUUAACUCGUCGGUUCUAGGAAAGCAGCGGGGAAGGGCCGGGCGUGGGAGCGCUGCAAGUGUCAGGUUUUAGAAUAUUCUUCCAUAAAACAGGGGCUCUGAGAGGUGUCUGCAGGAAGCUGCUGCAGGCGUCCUUUGUUUGCAGAAGUGCUGUUGUAAGGUAAAGUGGUUUUUAAUAGGUUACCAAUGAGCAGCUCUAGUGUAUUGCGUUCGAUGUGUAAAUAAAAUCUGCCCUAUCCAUUUACCACAACUGCAGUUCAGCUAUUUACCAUGCUAUUUCUUUACACAUAUCAGCAUUCAUUGUGUACAUUUGGAAGUAUAGUUGCCUGUUUAAAUUUGUAUUCAUUUUAUGUUUGACGAUGCUGGGUACUUUAGGGUUGUACUUCCCCUUGUUAAUGAAGUUUUUGUUCUGUUCCGCUACUUUUUUGUACAUUUUGUUUUUAAGACUAUUACAAGUUUGCAUCUUCUCCACCUGCUGAAAGUCAGUUUCUUUUCCCAGAGCUGAUUCCAUAGCUAUAUGUAGUCAAGUAUUGGGGCAACCUCUUAACACCUCAACGUACGAACUCGGUAGUUCAGGCUGUGGUGCAAAGACUGAUGCAGUCAACAUGAUUUCAUUGCAAAGCCUAGGAACAGCAAUUCUUUGCUUUGGUCCAUAAAGAUCAAUAGAGAACAAUUCUCCAUAGUUUUUGGAAAAAACACCUAAUUUAUAACAAUCAAAAGAUUUUGGUAAACUUUUUCAUGCCAGAUGCUGUUUACAACAAUGAACAUGCCAAUAAAACAUUUGUUCAUUCUGUUGUGUUAUUUUAAUCAUUAAAAUGCUGUGUUUUUUAUUUAAAAGAUUAUGGAAUUGUUUCAUGGAAAUAUAGACUUCCCCAAGGCAGUGCUGGAAUUGCAAGGCUGUGUGUCUGUGUGUAUGUGCACACCCCCUCCAUGUACAGAGUGUUACAGGAGCUGGUUUGUAGCCUGGCUGCUGCUCCUCUUCACAUUCACACCAAAUUCUUCUUCAACUGAAGAGCUGAAGUUUCCUUUUCCAGAACUGAAUUUCUCACCAGUGAAGCCUUUAAGUAUGAUUGGCAGCUAAAUUCCACUCCAGAGGGAAAGGGGUGUUCAAUAACAGAACCUUCAGUUGUUCCUUGCAUGCUGGCCCACAACAACCUAAAAAUGCUGAGGAAUCUGGCAGCUUGGGAAGCAGGCAUUGCACAGAGGCAUUCCCUCAUUAUUCCUCUUCUGACUGUCCUGUGCUGCCUCUUGGCCAACAUAUGUGAGGCUGGAAAUGGGAGCAAAGGGAGCAGAGGGAAUUGCCAUCCCCUAGGUGGGGUACUUCAUUAAACUACCAUUUGCCAUAGGUACAGCCUGCUAAAGUGUCCUUAGAGCUUUUAGAAGAGAGAAAAAAUUACCUAUCAAAUGGAUCUUGAAUUUUCUUCAACUUGGGACAUUUGGAAAGGCAAAAAUCUGGGGAUGGCAGCACCAAGAACUUGAAAGGACAGUGCUGUCCUUAAGAGGGCAGUGUUCACAGACAGUUACUGCUCUCAUGGAUUUGUUUUUAAACAGGAAAAUAGCAGUGGCACUUGAUUCCUUCUCCUUGUAUAGAUGGGGCUGUCUGUAACACAAUAAUUUUAUUAGGGAUAGAAAGGGAGGGCAGACUCAGUGAACUCUCAGAGACUGUGUGUGUGUGUUGGUGUGAGAAUGGGUUGUAGAAUCCUUAAACCAAACCUCAGGCAGUUACAAUGAAAUACCCUCCCUGUUUAUAAUGAUAAUGGCUAUUAAUUAUUCAUUCUGGUACCCAAGGAAUUUAUAGAAAAGCCUUCAUACACCAGAAGUGGUGAAAGAUGUGCAGACUGGUAGCACAGGCUUACACCUGCUCCUGUCAUUGGUGCUCCAAACUACAGACAUGAGCAAUAGGGAUUAUUUGGGAAGAAGCACCAUGAAAAGUUACUUGGCUGGAACCUCACAUCUUGUUUUACCACGUGCAACAACAGGUGGUGAAAUCUAGAUGCCAGAAAAUCAUUAAGAGUGGAGGAGCCAUGGUAGCAAACUGGUGAGUGAGACAGCUGGGGAGUUUGGGGGUCAGAUUUUACUCUUGGCUUGCUAUUGUUUUUUUUAAAUCAAUGACCUUUUAGGAUGGUAAAAAUAAUCAUCUUGUAACAUGUACAAAUUUAUGCCUAUGAAGUGUAUUAAAAACACUAAACAGUUCUAAAGAAAAAAAUUCCUUUAAAAUUUUCUUAAAAUCUAUGACUGCAACAGUGUCAGAGUAAAUGUUCUUGCUUUAGAGAAAUAACUCUGAACAUCUGUACUCAAAGAUCACUGUUUAUGCUUGUGUGUAUUUUUUAAUGAGUACAAGUACUAAGAAGUUUAUUUCCAGCAUACAAGGGGAAAGUACAAAUCCAGAAGAGCACUCCUAUGGUUCCCAUUUGGCAGAAGGUUUGGUCCAGGGGCUGAAAGAAUUCCACAGCAGCUGGGACAUGCAGGUUUGGUGCACAGAAAAGAUGCUCCUUGAAGACCUUGUUUAUUGCACUUCUAUCCAGCAGUGUGUGUUCAGGGUUCAUACAAGCAAGACACUAAACAAAAAAAUAAAA